GCUCUGUACUUCCGCGUUUGUUCUGCACUAAUUUGUGAGAGGCUGCAGAAGCGGUACGAUGUCGCAUCAGACCGGCAUCCAAGCCACAGCAGAGGUGAAAGAGAUCUUCACCAGAGCACGUAAUGGAGAGUACCGACUCAUCAAGGUGGUCAUUGAAAACGAACAGCUUGUGUUGGGAGGAACCAGAUCUGCAGCCCAAAAAUGGGAACUGGAAUGGGACAGUUACAUUCUGCCUCUUUUGGAGGACGCCAUGCCUUCGUACGUCCUCUACAGGCUGGACAGCACCAAUAAUCAGGGCUACGAAUGGAUCUUCAUAGCGUGGUCCCCGGAUCAUUCUGCAGUUCGGCAGAAGAUGCUCUAUGCCGCUACUAGAGCCACGCUGAAAAAGGAAUUUGGUGGCAGUCACAUAAAAGAGGAACUUUUCGGCACAGUGAAGGAUGAUUUAUCACUAAACGGCUAUAAGAGGUACCUGGCGUCCCAGACUGCUCCGCUACCCCUUACUGCCGCUGAGGAGGAACUGAGACAAAUCAAACUCAGCGAGGUGCAGACAGACAUCUGCCUGGACACAAAGCAUCAGACGUUGCAGGGUUUAGCCUUCCCCAUGCAGAGAGAUGCUCUUGAGGCCUUGGAGCAAUUCAGAAACAAAAGGAUUAACUAUGUUCAGCUGGAAAUCGAUUUUCCAAAGGAGUGCAUCAAAUUAUCCAGCACAGCUCUGACAGAGUUACGCGACCUGCCCAAACGAAUCCCUAAAGACGCUGCACGCUACCACUUCUUCCUCUACAAGCACACGCACGAAGGAGACUACCUCGAGUCCACGGUGUUUAUAUACUCAAUGCCUGGAUACAAGUGCAGCAUUCGGGAGAGGAUGUUGUACUCCAGCUGCAAAAACCACCUCACAGACACAGUGGAAAAUAAGCUGCAGAUUGACAUCGCUAAAAAGUUGGAGAUCGAUAACGGUGACGAUCUCACCAGUGACUUCAUGUAUGAAGAGGUGCAUCCAAAGCAGCAUGCGCACAAACAAGCCUUCGCCAAACCCAGGGGUCCAACUGGGAAGAAGGGGGGGCGCAGAAUCACACGUGCUCCGGGCAAUGCCGGGGAUGAGGAUUAACACUUAACAUCGGUCCAUUUUGUGUGAUAAACCUUUCUUUUUUUUUUUUUUUAAUUAGAACUCCUACUCUACCUUAAAGCCAUUUACUCGUGUCUCCUUAGACUUGCGCAUCUAUGCACAAAGGAAAACACUACACUAGGGUUCAUCCUGAACGAGUAGCUCAUUCAGGGAUCUGUGAAACUGAAUGAUGACACACUAAAUGUACUCGCACUGCUUAUUUACACCGCUUCUGAAACGCUUAUUAAACCCAAUUAUAGCAUGAAGGAUGUUUUAAAUGCAGGUGCUCAGUUCACAGCUGGGAUGUAAUUUACAACGCAUUUAGCAGCAAGGUUGCCAAGUAGAAACGCUUUGUGAAAAUGGUUUUCUGGUCUCCUGCCUGCUUUUGACCUCAUAACAAAUUCCGAGACUGACUUCAAAACUCUGUUGAGUAGAAUCUGUGUUUGAGCAACUUUCCUUUCCAGUCCAUUACUAAGUUUUAAAGUGCUCAAUUCAAUAAUUCAGCAAUUAGAUCCGUUUUUCUCAUUUCCUCAGGUCAACGUUUGCUCCUGAAUAAUCAAAAUGACACCCCGAGGCGUUUAACCAUCACCAAUAACGUCCUUGCGUCUCAGCUGAACAGCCCUGCUUCAUUCAAGUCAGGUUAUUUUAAUGAAGGGGUUACAUGACGUGCCACAAAAGAUGAAGAAAUAAUUUUAUAAGUGUAACUAUAAAUGACAAACUGUGUUUUAUAAUACAAAGAGUUUUGAUAACACAAAAAGGGGAAUUUUUCUAGAUAGCUCUAAACAACCAGUCAAUCAUGGUCUCUGUCAGUUGUUCAACUGAUAAGGACAAAUUUUUAAAUUCUAUUUUUCUAAGCCUGAAUAUUUGGUGCUGUAUUUCCAGAUCACGUUGUUCAACCUUUUCUUCUGUCUUCUUGAACGUCCCCUAAUAAUAUGUUCCAAUUACACUCCAUGACUUUUAUGUCCAUAACAUGUAUACGUUGAAUUUGUUCAGCAUUUUUAUGAAGACCAUUAAAACCUCUUCUAAAUGAAGGUACUGCGAAAAAAAAAAGAGAGAGAACACAACGGCGCUCCGUCUACUGUAUAGAUCUACCACUACAAUCUUAUCCUGGUGGUUUAAUGAAGCUUCAAUUAAAUGUAACGUAGUACAUUGUGACGUCUCAAAUGUCUGUGUUUUUUUAACAAAUGGAAUUAAUGACAUAGAAAGAUUAAAAUAUUUAUAUCAUA